UGUGCAAAUGCACCGUGGUCAUUUAAACCGUGCGCAAGAUAUCGUGUCCAAAAGCACCGUGUCCAAAUGCACCAUGUCCAUUUGAACCGUGUCCAAAUGAGUGCCUGCGGGAAGCGAAUUUAAAGCUGCAGCCAGACAAAUGCGAAUUUUUACGCAAAGAAGUAUUAUAAAUUAUCUAGGGCACGUGAUUUCGUAAAAGAAAAAAUAUCACCUGACCCAGCAAAACUGCAAGAAAUAAAAAAAUUUCCAGAGCCACAAAAAGUCAACGAUGUUCAAUCAUUCAUAGGCCUUGCCGGAUAUUAUAGAAAAUUCAUUAACGAAUUUUCCAGAAUCGCAAAACCGUUAACUAAAUUAACAAAGAAAACGGAAAAAUUCGCGUGGGCCGCCGAGCAACAAAUAGCAUUUGACACAAUAAAAGAAAAAUUAAUGACGGCACCAGUACUCCAAUAUCCAGAUUUUACGAAAGAAUUUAAUGUGACCAUCGACACUUCCGAUUAUGCAAUCGGAGCGGUAUUGUCACAGGGACUGAUAGACAACGACCCAUUGCUUACGCGAGCAGAAUAUUAAAUCGCCCAGAGCAAAAUUACAGUACCACUGAGAAAGAAUUACUCGCAAUAGUGUGAGUUGUAAAACAUUUUCGACCAUAUGUAUAUGGAAGUAAGUUCUAUAUUGUGACCAAUCAUAAACCUCUCAUAUGGUUAUUUAAUGUAAAUGAUCCCCGAUCAAGAUUGAUUCAAUAGCAAUUAAGACGAAGACGGCGAACACGUACGUUAGUACAUCUACUGAAGACGAAAAAGAAGAGGACAAUGAUUGCGAACCAGCACAUGCAGAAGAUAAGAAGAAAUUUUAUAUGAAUACCACGAUGCACCUACAAGAGGGCAUCAAAAAAUUGAAAGGACAAUAAAACGAAUACGAUUAAAAUAUAAUUGGUCUGGAUUAACAGCCGAUGUGGAGCGGUACAUAAGGAAAUGCAAGCUAUGCCAGAAAAAUAAACGUUCUCAAAGAAUAGAGGCACCUCUUGUCACAGAUACGCUUAGCUGACCCUUCGAGAAAUGUGCGUUCGACAUUGUAGGACCACUAACAUUAACAAAAAAUGAAAAUCGGUAUCUACUAACUACCUUUCAGGAUCAUCUCAUAAAAUUUAGUAAAGCGAUACCAACACCAAACCAGGAAGCAAAUACCGUGAGCAAAGAAUUUGUCACAAAAAUUUUCCUGGAAUACGGCACGCCGGAAUACGUACUAACAGAUCAAAGCACAAACUUUAUGAGCGAGAUAUUAAAAAAUACGUACAAAUUAUUGAAAAUAAAUAAAAUUUACACCAGAGUUCUGCAAACAAGCCCGAUCCGCGCAAGGCCUCAAAGUUUAAGACACAUUAGCCCGCGAAACCCAGCCCGUGCGCGGCCCGCACGAUAAAUAUUAUGUUACUCUAUACAUUUUUGUAGCACUAUUUCCUUAAUAUUUUUUGGAAUAAUUGCAUUUUGCAAAUGUUCUUGAUCGUUUUUAGCGACGCAGUUAUGACGUGAAAUAUGCGAUGACCCAGAUUUAUGCCCAUUGUAGCAAUAAACUUUACCACAAUUAUUGCACUGUACAAAAUCCAUCUGUUUAUCUUCAUUAUCAACAAUUAAACGAAAUUUUUUCCAUAUUCCACUUGAUAAUGAACUGCAUGGCGCGAUAGUUUUAUAUUCUCCGUUGGAAAUUUUAUCUUUGAUUUCAAUUUUUUGUUUUCUAGCGGAUCGUUGAUUUUCAGUAUUUUGUGUAUGUUCGUAGUAAAUAGCUGUUCGUAGUAAACAUCCGGUGGAACACGCGGUUACUUAUGAUUGAAUCAAUAAUAAAUCAGUACGACGAAAUUUAUAAUCUGUUUGAAGAGAAAAUGGAACUUGAGAGACUGCAGAUGAUUGAUAUUACAUUACUCGAACAACUUAAUGAAUUUCUCCAGCCAUUCAAAGAAGCAAGCAAGGAAAUGGAGGCUGAAGAUGUCCCAACACUACAUCUUGUUUUGCCAUGGGAAUUAAAAUUAUUGGAACAUCUAGAAACAAAAAUAGCCAAUGAAAAAAAUGAAAUAAAAGAUUUACGAUGCAGGGCAUUAGAUUUUACAAAAAAAAAAAAUUUAAUUCACAUGUAUCACAAAAUUGCAACGUUUCUGUGGCCUCCAUUUAGAUAUCUUGUAACGAUAUCUUGCCGUUCCUCCGCUGCCGCUAGAGCGGAGAUAAGGCCGUUACCCCCACCUCGCGCAGGUUCCCUCCGCUCUUCUCGUCUUUCCUCACCACCGAGUGGAGGGUAUAUAAGCCCUCCACCCGAGACCGGAGUCAGAGCUUCCCCGCAGUGGUGCAAGUUUUGGGCCGCGAGCACCUCGGGUGCUCCGCCGAGCACCGCCGAGCACCCGAGUCGGUCGCGUUCGUACCUCGAGACUCGGGCCGGCUCGGUCGCUCUCGCUACGCCUGCCGCUACUCGGUUAUUAAAAAGAGAGAGACGUCCGUCUCUCUUCCUCCAACGCUGCCACGAAAGCGUGCGUUCAGCGGCCAGCGAUUGACGCUUGACGAAAGGCGCCUAUGCUCCCCCCGUUUCCUCGCAUGUCCCCCGCUCAUCUAAAGCAUCGCGAUCAACAAGCAGAUCAAUUGAUAUCAAUCAUUGAUAGCAUUGAUCAUAUUAUUCAUUAUUAUUAAUUAUUAAAUUUUUUUCCAUUCAUGUAAUUUAUUGUCUUAUUUAAAUUAUAAUAAAUUAAUUAUAAUAAAACCAAUUAUAAAUGUACCUUAAGUAAUAAUAAACAUUUUUAAUAAAUUAUUAAAUACAACUAAAAAUAGAAAGAGCUGACGAGUUAGCAAAAGAUCUUUAUAUCCAAAUUCUUUAUUCUAUAUUAGUUAAUAGACAUUUCGUUAUUCAAUCAUUUUUAAUGUAUAGUUUCCCCAGAUGUCAAAUGAAACAUAAAUUAAUUAUCUUGUCGGUGGUAACGAUAACAUUAACUCUUAAUUACAUUGCAACUUUGUUAAAUAUUAAUACUCAGUUAAUCAACAAUUAUAAAUACAUACAUAAAUUCGUGAAAUAUGUAAAAUUAAUGUAACGUGAUCGUGUCAUU